AUGGAAGUAGAAACGAUGAUUCAGGAAGAUGGCGAAACUAUUACGCGUAGUACUGCCAAAAGAAGACAUUCAGGAAAACGACAGAACAAAUGGAAAUCCAAUUUGCUACGUUUGGGUGUUGGUGCCUUGACGAUCAUGUUUUUUGCCGCUCUGGCAUCUAUUCUCGUGUAUAGAUCGGUGCCCAGCAUUCGGAAAUCAGGUGGCAUAGCCAAAAAGGAAGCAGAUAUUCAAGAAAUCCAUCUGAAAGCUAUUUUUAGUACCAAUCAUGUUUUGGACAACGGAGAUCAGCCAUUGAAAAUAAUAAAUAUCGAUAAUAUCACUGAUCAAUUAAACACGAUAUUCAAUGGAAAGAUAAUUAACGUUGCCGAUGCAUUGUUCCGACAUCAUUCCAUAUCGAAAGGGAUUGUAUGCGAAGAUCCACUAUCCGGAAAUAUUCUUCAAUUAAAUAUGAUCACUUUUUAUCCUGCUGAUUGUGAGUAUCACGAAUAUGAUAUGUGUAAGAUGCAGCUUAUGGAACAAUUGAAAGCAACAUUCAGUCAAAUACUAAGUAUUCCUAUCAUGAUUCAGUUUGAUGACAAGGUUUCUAAGAGUAUUGAUAUUAGAAUAUGUACUAUCACAGAAUUGACUGCCACAGAAGAAGAAACAAUGCCAACAGCAGCAAAGAUAAAAGCAAAACAAGCAGUAAUGCCAUUUGCAGCGCCGCAAAAACUGGCAAGAAACAUACCUCGCUCUAUCGACAGACAAUAUUCGGCACUUCAGAGAGUUGAUGAAAGAACUACAAAAUCUGGACCACAUCGCAUGCUUCUUACUGUGACGCCAAGCGCAGAGUACCAAAGAGAAUGUGGCGAUUUUUCAUACAAAGAAACACGGGAAUAUUCAGUCAAUGUUAUACGACGAGAGCGACCUACAGUUCCACCAACAGCUCCAGCUAUCUGCCCACUAAGCGUCGCCAGAAUUAAUCUUGUGAUAAUGGCUGGCGAAAAGGGUACAGAGAUUCGAGAUGAUAAACCAACAAACACUAACUUUCUCAAUCAACACCAUAUGGCCGUUACACUUUUUGAACAUACUGUCUAUUUGCUACGUAUCCAACUAGAUUGUUCCUCGCAAUUGAGAACUGAAUUAACUGCAACUGGUUGUAAUCUUGCCCAAGAUGUUAAUGUUUGGAUUGAUUUAAAUGAUGAUGGAAAAUUUGAUGAAUCAGAAAGUGGAACUCCUUAUCGUUGGCCAGUAACGAGUUAUAUGGCAGAAGGUAUCUAUGAUAUACAAAUAUAUGUACCAUUGCUCGAUAGCAGAAAUAUAAGAAAUGGACCACAUAAAAUGCGUAUUUCUGUCGUACCAAAACGUAAUACUUUAUUUUGUGAAUUGUUUUUUUUUGCAGCACUCGAUGCUACACCUACCUCUGUGGUACCACACAACGCGCCAUGUUCUCCUGAUGUUGGCAAACUCAUUCUUGUUGUUAUGGCUGGUGAGCAUCGAACACAAAUUCGAGAUGAUCAAUCAACGAGAAAUGCAUUGACCGGCAAAACUCGAAGUUAUCAACACCUAUCUGUUGUACUAUAUGAAGAUACCGUCUAUUUGCUACGUAUCCAAUUGGAAUGCACUGGAGAAUGGGGUCGAGAACCAGUUGAUAACAACUGUAAUCUUCCUCAUGAUGUGGCUGCUUGGAUUGAUCUAAAUGAUGAUGGCAAAUUUAGUGAUAUAGAAAAUGCAGCUCCUUAUCGCUGGCCACUCGCUAGUUAUAUACCACAAGGCGUCUAUGAUCUACAAAUAUAUGUACCCGAUAUCGAUGGAACGCGAACAAAAAGUGGACCACAUCGUCUGCGUCUUGACGUAACGUUAAAUGAACAGUAUCGUCAAAAAUGUGGCAAGAACUAUUACAGAGAAACACGAGAAUACAAUGUGACAAUUGUUCGAAAAAAUAUGAAGCAAACAGUUGAUAUUGGAGGUCCAUAUUUAACAUUAAGUGAUGGUGUAUGUUCUAAAACUCAUGGCAAAAUCGUACUUGUUAUAAUGGCUGGUGAGAAAGGAUCACAUAUUCGAGAUGAUACACCAUUAAAUACUCAAAUCAGAGACGAUCAAAAUCGUCAUCAUCUGGCUGUCACAUUAUAUGAAAAUACUAUCUAUCGACAACGUAUUCAAUUGGAUUGCGAUCGCCGAUCCAGUAGAGCUCCGUUUAGGAUUAACUGCAACCUUGCUUAUGACGUGAAUGUCUAUAUUGAUCUAAAUGGUGAUGGAAUAUUUGAUGAAUCAGAAAGUCGUACUCCUAAUCGAUGGCCACUACGUAGUACAAUGACAGUAGGCAUUUAUGAUUUGGAAAUUCCUGUACCUAGUAUCGAUGGAUUGACUACGAAAGGUGGCUCACAUAUUAUGCGUGUUGUUGUCAAAUCAAGUGAUGAAGUCACACAUUGUUCUCCUGGCAAUUUAGUCUGUUCAGUAGGCAAUAGUGCUAUUUCUUCGGUGAGUUUAUCCGGUGAGCAAAAUACACAAAUUCGAGAUGAAACGAAACAAUGUAGCUCAACAAAUAAUUAUAAUGAUCGAAGUGAUUUAACUGUAACAUUGUUCGAUAAUACGCCUUACACUCUUCAUGUUGAAUUAUCUUGUGUCCAACAAUCGGGCUAUGGUAAUACUUAUAGCCAAGACCCAUAUGAGUUCGAAACAAAUUGUCGUAAUGCUCGGUAUCUUGGUGUAUGGAUAGAUUUCAAUAAUGAUGGUACAUUUGAUGAUAAUACAGAACGCAUUGUUCCUAAUAGUUGGCAUAGAGAUGAUCCUCGUACAACUCGAAAUGAUAUAAGUUUUACCGUUCCACAAAUUGAUGGUAGAUAUAACGUAGGCGGUCAACAUCGCAUGCGUGUUGUUCUGGUACAAGAUGAAAGAUAUCGUCAACCAUGUCAAAACACUGGUUAUGGUGAAGUACGAGAUUAUACAGUACAAAUCAUACAGAAACCUGGGUAUUGA